CGUUGGAGAGACAUCGCGGGGACAGCGUGAGUGAGCACUCCUGGCUGUGUGUAUGCACAUGUGUGGGGAGAGAGGCUGGGGUGGUGUGUGCAGGUGGGCACGCAGGCACUGGUCCCUCUGUGCGUGUGUCCACAUGUGUGUGCAUGCACGUGUGCAUGUAUGAGUGGGGUGGGAGAGCUGUGUUUGCACGCGUGUGCUCAGAGUGAUGGCUGCAUGGGCAGGGUGCUGGGCGUCUGCAGAGAUGAGAACAAGCGAGUGAUGCUGCGAGGUGCCGCAGUGCAGCCAUCUUGGUUGAGUGCUCACUAUGGGCUGGGCCUUGCACUAAGUGCUGACAGGACCUUGACAGAAGUGGCCACUGCUACCCAGCCCUCCAGUGUGUGGUUCCAGCUAAAGACAGCAACUGAUUAGGGCAUUGGUGGCCUUGGAGUGUCCAUGCCUCUCCUCCCUGCUGCUGAGGGUGGUCCAGUGGCAGGCAGACCUGGGCCACACCAGCCCUCAGCCAGCAUCCAUCUGCCAGGAAUCCUCAGCAGCUGCUCCGAUCAACCCGAGAGAAGGUACUGGAAGAGAUUGUGACUGUCUUCUGGUUGGUUCAUGGGCAGCAUCAGGGGCUCCCAGAAGUAGCCAGGCCCCACCCGCUCACCAUGCUGCAGUGUAGACCAGCUCAGGAGUUCAGCUUUGGGCCCCGGGCCCUGAAGGACGCCCUGGUCUCCACCAACUCAACCCUGCAGCAGCUCUACGUUUCUGCCUUCUCCCCUGCCGAGAGGCUCUUCCUGUCUGAGGCCUAUAACCCCCAGAGGACCCUUUUCUGCACACUGCUCAUCCGCACAGCCUUUGACUGGCUCCUGAGCCACCCCGAGGCCCCCGAGGACUUCGAGACCUUCUACGCCUCCCUGCAGCACAGGAAGCAGAGCCUGGCCCGGAAGCACAUUUACUUUCAGCCAAUAGAUCUGAGUGAGGGGCUGGUGGGAAGCUCCCUGCUGGACGACCUGCGCAGCUGCACGGAGGCCUUCUUCCUGGGCCUGCGGGUCAAGUGCCUGCCCUCGGUGGCGGCUGCAUCCAUCCACUGCUCCUCGCGCCCCAUUCAGGACUCAGGCAGGCUCCAGCUCAACACAGAUGGCAUCCUGUCCUUCUUGAAGAACAAUAAGCCAGGGGAUGCACUGUGUGUGCUGGGCCUCACGCUGUCUGACCUGUACCCCCACGAGGCCUGGAGCUUCACCUUUGGCAAGUUCCUUCCAGGGCAUGAAGUAGGCAUCUGCAGCUUUGCCCGGUUCUCAGGAGAAUUCCUGCAAUUGGGGCCUAGUGGCCCCGAUCCAGCCCUGAUAGAGGCGGCAGCAGAUGUUCCUGAGACCCCCCUGCAGGACAGAGGCCAGGCCCUGUGCUUCAGCGCCCUGGGGAUGGUUCAGUGCUGCAAGGUCACAUGCCAUGAGCUUUGCCACCUCCUCGGCCUGGGGAACUGCCGCUGGCUCCGCUGCCUCAUGCAGGGGGCACUCAGUGUGGACGAGGCCCUGCGGCGGCCGCUGGACCUGUGUCCCAUCUGUCUGCGGAAGCUGCAGCACGUCCUGGGAUUCAAGCUCCUUGAGAGGUACAAGAAACUCCACGCCUGGACCCGGGCAGUGGCAGGGACAUGGCCAAGCCAGGAGGUAGGCGAGCCGUCUGUCUCAGAAGACACCCUGCCCUUCAGUGCCGACUCGGGCUUGUGCUGUGAGAGUGAUUCCGAGCCUGUCACCAGCGUGUCAGAACCCCUCACUCCUGAUACAUCGGGCCACGCCUUCUCUGCAGAGCCAGAGCUGGAGCCAGAGGAUGGGCUGAGCUCCCUGGCAGCCUCAGAAGCUCCGUUGCAGGUUGGGGGCCCAGCUGAGGCCAUCAGGAAGCAGGAACAGUGGCUGGCCACAUGCAUCCAGGCCCUGGAGAGGGAAGUGGCCGAGGAGGAGCUGGCCCAGGUAGACAGAGCUGUGGAUGCACUUGGACGGUGGGAGAUGUUCACAGGGCAGCUCCCAGCCCCGAGGCAGGACCUGCCCUGUGGUAGGGACAGUGCAGGGCUACGCAAGGUCCUGGGGGACAAGUUCUCCUCCCUAAGGAGGAAGCUGAGUGCCCGCAAACUCUCCAAAGCUGAGUCUUCCCCGUGUCGCUGGAAGGAAGAAGAGAAUUAGCACGACAAGGACCAUCGUUCAGUGAAGAAGUCAGGGGCCCAGCGUCUGUCUCUUCCUGGGACUCAAUUGACGAUUGCUGUCCAGUGACAAAGGGCACUGUGGACCCAUAUGGGACUAAAAGGAAAGGUCCUCUUGAGAGGCUGAGGAAGAGGUGUCUUCAGAUGGCUGUACACAUGUCCCACCUGCUUGCUCCAAAGCACAGCCUGGCGACAGGGCCAGCAGGUUUCCACGGCAAACACGGUGGCCUGCAUCCUGGGAGAAACAUUCUUCUGCUCCCCACACUUCCCUGGGCACAAUCUGGACUUGGCUGUGGGUGGGAUGAAGCCUCCUCACGCCCCAGGGGCAGAAGGAAGCAGUAGGCUUACUUCUUCUAGGCCGGGGGAAUGCACCUGAUGGGUCCCUCAGUCAUUUCAGUGGAGCUUGAGAGCCAUCCUGGCAGCUCAGAUGGGAGUGUCCUAGGCUUGUGGGCUCUGCUACUGUAACCUCGGCUUUCAAGGCUGACACAGGGUCUCCACUCAAAGGGAAGUCAUGGGGUUUUGUUUCUAUCUAAAGUGUCAACCACACAACAUACCAUGGGUCUCUUUCUGUGGCUCUAAUGGCUUUCUGGUCCUUGGGAACUUCGCACGCAUUUUUGCGAAAGUUCUGGAGAACAUGCCAUUUCUAUUGAUAAUUGCCACAGAAAAGGAGGGUCUAAUUUGCAGAUUUAAGGCCCUCUUCAUUCUGAAAUUGCCUCCUGUUGUAACCUGCAGUGAAGACAAACUGCAGGGACAUUCUUGGGACAGUUUCCUAACAGGCAGCUGUGCUGUUACUAUGAAAAGUUAGGCCAAGGUGGUAGUAGUGUUGUUCAGAUCAGCUGUAUCUUUCUGAUUUUUGGGGGAGGGGGUGUCUAGUUCUAUCCAUUGCUAGGAAGGGGUAUUAAAAUAUCCAUCUGUGGCUGUGGAAUUGUCUAUGCUUCCCUUUAAUUUUGUCAAAUUUUACUUCAUCUGUUCUGAAGUUCUUUUAUG